CUGUGGCUGCUGCUGCUGGUGCUGCUGCCAGCGCGGGCGGGUCUCGACCUGCGCCUCGCCCUCUGCGCCUUCCUCGUCGCCCUCACGCUGCUCGCCCUGCCCGCCAGCAUUGCCAGGGCGCAGCUGUGGCGGUCGCUGCUCUUCACGGCCUUCAUCUUCCUCGGUCUCGCCUUCUCCACCGACGGUGUGCCUGCCUUCGUGCAGCCGCGCCCGCUGCCCCUCGCCCUCGAGCCCGUCGCCCUCGCCUCCAGUGCCGCCGCCUCGUUGCCUGCGCUGGGCCCAGCGGCGUCCGUGGCGGCGCUGCUGCCCUCCACCUACCGCUAUGUGCUGCUGCACGUGGGCCCACUGCUGCUCACACGCCGCGCCGCCAAGCUGGCUGCCAUGGCCGCCUCGCUCUCCUUCAUUGUGCUGCAUGCAGCAGCGGUGAGUCUGAUCACAACGAGUCCCGAGGCGAUGGCGGGGGCGCUGCGGUGGGGCAUGGCGCCUUUGAAGGCGGUGGGCGUGGGCGUGGAGGCGGCCAUCCUGACGCUGCUGCUGUCGCUGCGCUUCCUAGGGCUCGUCUUCGAUGAGCUGCGCUCGCUGGCCCUCGGCACCGUGGCGCGCGGCAUCCACUGGACCCGGCUGCAGCCCCUCGCCACGCUUGACUUGGUGCUGUCACUGGCAGGGCGCCUCUUCCAGAACCUCUUCACCCACGCCGACCAGAUCUCACAGGCCAUGAUAGCGCGUGGGUACUCGGGGGACCCCACCACGCACCGCCUCUACUUCCUCGGCCACUUUGCUCUGCACGCCCGCGACUGGGCUGCACUGCUGCUGCUCGCCGCCAUCAUUGCUGCUGCUGCCUGGACUGGCCUACUGCUGCCUGCCUGA